ACGGGAUUUUAUUAGAUACAAAUAUGUGUAGCAUAUUAACAUGUUAUUAUAUACAUACCACUGAUAUUACUUAUAUUGAGAGAUUAUUUAAAUAAGCAUCGAUUGUUAUGAAUUUAUCAAAGAAUUGUAAAUACUCUAGUUAUCGUACAGUAUUACAGAGUAAUAAUUAGUAAUAGAAUCUCAGUAGAUGGUUUAUGCCUUAUAUUAGAAAAAUAGAGAAAUAAAACAUAUUAAUUCCCCCCUCUAUUUUUGUAACCUUUUGAAAUUAUAUCCUUAUAAUUAAAACAUUUAAGUAUCUUUAAAAUGUAUUAAUCUAUAGUAAUGUCAUACCAUUGGCAUAUUAUUUGCUAUUGCUUGAUAACUGUACAAUUGUGACUUUUACUGGGAUAUCAUUCACUGUACAAAAAAUGUUUGUUUUCAUUCUGAUAUCUGUGAAUUUAAAAUAGAGACAAAUGUAUAUUGUUCCUGUUAUUCAUACAGUUGAAAAAUGGCUUCUCCACAAAGGCUAGCAGCUAAAUUGUAUAAUAUAUCACCUCGUUUAUUAAAGAAUGUGGGAAAAAGACAAUUUUUAAGUCCAACAACUCCAGUCAGAAAUACUUAUAAACAAAUUACUGAAAACCAGAAGCAAAUAUCUCCUUUUAAUCUUGAUACCCCUAAUAGAAGAAAAAUAUUACAAGAUGGUCUGCCUGAUAAACAUGGUACUAUACUGGGAAGUGGUGCAUUUGGUACCGUGUAUAAGGCUUCUUAUAAAGGUGAUCAUGUAGCGGUUAAAAUGAUGCGAACAGAAAAGUGUUUCGAUGCACUGAGUUCUGAAAAACAUGCUUCUUCUUUAAAACAUUCUAAUAUAGUAAAAGUAUUGAUAAUAGAACAAGGUGUUUCUUUAUCUUUAAUCGCGAUGGAAUUGUGUGGUCCUACUUUACAAGAUCGUUUAGAUGAAACGGCAUUAACUAAAUUUGAAAGAAUUUCUAUAUUAAGAGGUGUGGCUAGUGCACUACAAUUUUGCCAUGAUGCUGGUAUUAUUCAUGCAGAUGUCAAACCCAAGAACAUUUUAAUUUCUACGGAUGGUUUACCAAAACUCACUGAUUUUGGUAGUUCAGUCCUAAUAGGAGAAUCAAAUGAAAAUAUAAAAUUUUGUGGCACACCAGGGUAUACAGCUCCAGAGGUACUGAAAGGAAAUAUACCAACUCCUUUAGCAGAUAUUUAUUCUUUAGGUAUUGUAGCAUGGCAAAUGAUAUCUAGAACAUUACCAUUUGCUGGAUUACACAGUCACGCAAUUAUAUAUAUUUCUGCAAAAGGAAGUCGACCCAUGGAUGACAAUAUUGAUGAUGAAUUUAAUGGUGCCUAUAAAGCAUUGUACAGAGCAAUGUGGUCUCAAAAUAUUAUCAACAGACCCAUAGCGAGUAAAGUAAUAAGUAUGAUCGAUACAUUGAUUGCUUAGUACCAUUUAUUUUAAGUAAUAUUCU